AUGGCGGCGCGGGCUUUCCCGUCGUCGUCGUCGCCGUCGCCUUCGCCGUCUCCCGGGCCCGCCUCGCUGCUCCAGUGCCUGGGCUCCGCGGAGGACGAGGGCGGCGGCGGCGGCGGCGGCGGCGGCCCCCCGGUGACGGCGGCGCUGCGCAACGACCUGGGCUCCAACAUCCACCUGCUGAAGGGGCUGAACGUGCGCUUCCGCUGCUUCCUGGCCAAGGUGCACGAGCUGGAGCGGCGCAACCGGCUGCUGGAGAAGCAGCUGCAGCUGAGCGAGCGGGACCGGCGCCUCCGCUACAAGCACUUCCCGCGGCACCAGGCCGUGCAGACCGACCCCCUGCCGCCCGCCAUGCCGCCCUACGCCGCCGCCGCCGCGGGGCCCGCUAAGCCCGCCGCCGCUGCCGCCCCGCCGCCGCCGCCGCCUCACUCGGCCUCCUUCUCCUCCUCCUUCUCUCCGCCGCCGCCGCCGGGCCCCUCCGCGCAUCUUCCGCACUCGCACUCGCACCCGCCGCCUUCGCACCCGCAGCAGCACUACGGCCGCCUGCCCGGCACCAUCUGGAGCUACACGCAGGUGCGGCGGACGGGCGGCGGCGGCCUGGAGACCCUGCAAGGGCCCGGCGUCUCCUGGGUCCACCCGGACGGCGUCGGCGUGCAGAUCGACACCAUCACGCCCGAGAUCCGCGCCCUCUACAACGUCCUGGCCAAAGUCAAGCGCGAGAGGGACGACUACAAGAGGAGAUGGGAGGAGGAGCUGGCAAAGCGAGUGAGUCUAGAAUCCAUGGUAGAAACACUCCAAGAGGAAGCCCAAGAAGCCGAAGCCCUCCAGGAAGAGUUAAACGAGAAGAUCGAGAGGCUGAAAGCUGAGCUGGUGGUCUUCAAGGGUCUGAUGAGUGACCCUAUGACAGACCUGGACACAAAGAUCCAAGAAAAAGCCAUGAAAGUGGACAUGGACAUCUGCCGGCGAAUCGAUAUCACAGCCAAGCUGUGCGAUGUAGCGCAGCAGCGCAACUCCGAAGACGUUUCCAAGAUCUUCCAGGUGGCCUCCAAGAAGAAAGAGCGAAAGCUUGCCUCAGAUGAGGACCUCUCCGAACAGGACGCAGACAACGCCCGGUUCUCGGACGACGAGGUCAGUUGCUCCCUGAACAUCACGGACGAGAUGAAGAGGAUGUUCAAUCAGCUGCGCGAGACCUUCGAUUUUGACGAUGACUGUGACAGCUUAACGUGGGAGGAGAACGAAGACACCUUGCUCCUCUGGGAGGACUUUACCAACUGUAACCCGUCGAUUGAACUCCAGGGAGAGCAAGAGGAGAACCUGGGCAACAUGAUCCACGAAACAGAAUCUUUCUUCAAAACGAGAGACCAAGAAUACCAAGAAACGAUAGGGCAGAUUGAGCUGGAGCUGGCCACGGCCAAGAGCGACAUGAACCGCCACCUCCACGAAUACAUGGAGAUGUGCAGCAUGAAGCGGGGCCUCGACGUGCAGAUGGAGACCUGCCGGCGGCUCAUCAAAGGCUCUGCUGAAAGGAAUUCCCCGUCUCCCAGUUCGGUAGCCAGCAGCGACUCAGGAAACACGGAUGAGAUCCAAGACGAAUCUGACCGAGAAGCAGACGUCGAGCCGAUGGUCAGCUGA